UGUUCGCGGUGGCGCUGCUGGAGGACAACAGCGUGGCCCUGGGCCGCCUGCUGCAGGCCUUCGCCCAGCGCCUGCGCCUGCCGGCCCGCACCGAGGUGGUGGAGCUGAGCGACAGCGAGGUCUCCGCCUACACGUACGAGCGCACGCUGAUGAUGGAGCAGCGCUCCCGCAUGCUGCGCCACGUGGGCCUGGCGCGCCAGGCCCGGCCCGGCCCCCCCCCCCCCCAGCGGAGGGGAGGAGGAGGAGGCGGCGGGAGGGGGAGGCCCCCGGCGGGGCCCCAGCCCCACCAACGUGCGGCGCAUGCACGCGGCCGAGCGGCUGAACGAGGCCAUGGGGCGGCGCUCGGCGGGGGCGCGCCUGGUGCUGCUCGACCUGCCGGCCCCGCCCCCCGCCUCGACCCGCCGCCGUGACGACAACUGUAUCCAUGGCGACGGCGCAGCGUCCCUAGCAACGGGGGCAGGCUUCGGCUCGGCAUCCCUAGCAACCCGGGCGGCGUC